AUGGCCAAAUUCAUCGUAGUAAUCUUCGCCUGCUUGGCUUUAGCCUCAGCUGGAUUGGUGCGUCGCGAUGCUCCUAACAUGUUUGAUGAGUGGCAAAAGCACGCCCAAGAGUUCCAGAAGAUUUUCAACGAUCAAUUGAACGCUCUCACCAGCUCCAAGAACACCGAGGAGUUCAACAAGGUGUUGAAGGAAGGUUCAGACUCUGUACUCUCCCAGAUCUCCGCUUUGUCCGGCAGCGUGCAAUCUGCUCUGAAGGAAGCUAAUGGCAAGGCCAAGGAAGCUCUUGAGCAAGCCCAGGCUAACCUGCAACGUACCGCCGAGGAACUGCGCAAAUCCCACCCAGAGGUAGAACAGCAAGCCAACGCUCUCAAGGCAAAACUCCAGGAUGCCGUUUCCAAGACCGUUGCUGAGACCCAGAAGUUGGUGAAGGAAGUGUCAGCGAACAUCGAACAAACCAACCAGAAGCUGACCCCUAAGAUCAAGGAGGCCUACGACGACUUCGUGAAACAGGCUGAAGAUGUACAGAAGAAGCUGCACGAAGCCGCCAACAAGCAGUAA